UACAAUAAGUGUUCAUCAAGUCAGCGGUAGUGCAUGUUUAUAUGAAUCUAGCCACCCAAGAACUCAAACCAGUUUAUCAGGAAAUGGCGGAAAAGGUGAAGUUGUACGGAGUUGAAGUAAGUCCGUUCGUUUGCAGAGUCAAAUAUGCUUUGAAUCUCAAGGGAGUCAACUACGAGUUCAUCCAAGAAGAUCUGGACAACAAGAGUCCCGACCUUCUCAAAUACAAUCCUGUUCUUAAAAAUGUACCCGUUCUCCGACUCCUACACAAUGGAAAUCCGAUAUCGGAGUCUCUUGUGAUCAUCGAGUAUAUCGAUGAUGUCUGGAAAGGGGUUCCGAUUAUGCCCAAGGAUGCUUACGAGAAGGCUCAGGCUCGAUUUUGGGCCAAGUUCUUUGUUGAUAAGUGCCAUCCUGCAAUAUUCAAGGCUAUUGGCAGCCAUGGAGAGAAGCAAGAUGUUGCAGAAGCACAUGAGCAUCUACAAUUUCUGGAAAAUGAACUGAAUGUCAAAGGCAGCAAGUUUUUUGGAGGUGACAACAUGGGACUGAUUGAUAUUUGUGCAACUUUCAUAGGCUAUUGGGUUGGAGCAGCAGAAGAAGCAUUAGGAAUAGAGGUGGUGACCAAAGACAAGUUCCCAAAAGUAAUAGAAUGGGCUCAUAACUGUAUUAACUGCCAAGUUGUCAAGGAUGACUUGCCUUCAAGAGAAAGUCUGAUUGCUUAUUACACACGGCGGUUUGGUAAGGCGUAAUACGGUUAUUAAUGUGAGCUCUAUGAAGUUUAAUCCUUUGUAUGACAUCCAUCGGUGUUUCAAUAAGCAGCUCGUAGAUGCUGGUUUGUUUUGUACUAUGUUGUAAGUAAUCUAUUCGAUGUUUAUGUUUGGGAAGGCUUAAUACGGUUAUAAAUGUGUUCUUAUGAAGUUAAAUCUUCUCUGUAUGACAUCGAUCCAUCGAUAUUUGAAUAAGCAGCUCGUAGAUGCUGAUUUGUUUUGUACUAUGUUGUAUGUCAUCUAUUUGAUGUUUAUGAUUUUGCUGAAGCUGAUAUGAAAUA